GCUCGCCGACGCCUACCGCCAGAUGCAGGAGCGGAAGGCUGACCAGAGAGUGUCCUGCCAGCAACUCCGCGACGAGAUCGAGCUCGCCGCGCUGCGCAGCCUCGACCUCGGCGACGACGAGGACUCUGGCGGUGACUGCAGCACCGCCGCUGACUCCAAGAGUCGGGCAUCCCUCGGCGCAGAGAGCAGCAGGGGCUUCGAGGGCAUCGAAGAGCUCGUAGAGCCUCUCCAGCCUCCGGGUCUGAACUGCCUCGGCGAUGCGAGCCUGAGUGUCCUGGAGCUGUCGUCGGCGAAGGCGGCCACCAUGCUGGACUACCUCCGCCGCCUGGGCUGGUUCAAGCAGUACGUGGCUCAGGAGGGCCUCCAGGGCUCGGAUACCCGUCUCCUGGGCGACGUCAUCACCCAGUGGUUCGACGUCCUCUACCAGAGCGGGCACCCCGCCAACGACGGGUCAAAGUUCUUGGCCGCCCUGCAGCACCUGUGGCCCGAGCUGAAGGCUCAGCGACAGUUGCCCAGGGCCUGGCGCGCGAUCGCCGGAUGGCGCAAGCUCAUGCCCGUCCACGGGCGCCACGAGGAGGCCGUCGCUGUGCUGAUAGCCGUCAUGGCCUACCUCCGCCCAGGCGAGCUGUUCGCGCUGUCGCCCGAGUCGCUGGCGCCGCCAGUCAGAGGGGCGGGGGGCUCGCCGUUCUGGGGCCUCAUCCUCGGCGCGCGCGAGCUCGGCCGCGCCAACAAGACAGGCGAGUAUGACGAGAGCGUGAUGCUGGACUGGCCCAAGUUCGACUGGCUCGGAGUCAUCCUGCAGCUGCUGAGGGCUCGGCGCGCCGCGGGCCCCCUCUGGUCGGUCGACGCGGUGCACCUCACCUCAGAUGCACGACGCAGCUCUGGUCAGCG